AUGCCUAAAUCAGGCACCACAUGGCUUAAAGCCCUUACCUUUGCCAUUGUUAACCGGUCCAAAUCCGAGAACUCGACUUCGGGAAGCCCUUUGCUCUUUCAAAAUCCUCAUCAACUCGUUCCUUUCUUCGAGCUCGAUCUAUACCGAGCAGGCAAACUUCCCGAUCCGAGCUCCGCCUUGAACACGAGGAGUAGCCGACUGAGGAUUUUCGGGACACAUGUACCUUACCAGUGCCUGCCAGACACGAUAAUUUCAAAUGAUUCUAAGAGUCCUCGAAUUAUCUAUCUUUGUAGAAACCCUUUGGACACAUUUACCUCUUUGAUGCAUUUCUUGUCACAAAACGGGGAGUUGCGAGCUGAUGAACCGAGUGCCUUGGAAAAAACCUUCGGAGCAUUUUGUGAGGGCAUGUUUGUAUAUGGCCCUUUCUGGGAACAAAUCAUGGGAUAUUGGGAUGCGAGCUUGAGAAACCCUAACAAAGUUUUGUUCUUGCACUACGAGGACCUUCAAAGGGAUACUCCGUCUUCCGUGAUGAAAUUGACUGAGUUCUUGGGAUGCGGUUUCUCGCAACAAGAAGAAGACCUAGGCUUGGUGGAAGGUUUGAUAAAGCUUUGCAGCCUCGAAAAUCUCAAGAACUUGGAAUGUAACAAAGAAGGGGAUAUACAUUUGGUACAUACGCUCAAGAAAAGUUCGUAUUUCCGCAAGGAAAAAGUCGGAGAUUGGGUGAAUUUUCUCACUCCUUCCAUGGCUAAACGCCUAAAGAGCUUGAUGACAGAAAAGUUUGCAGGAUCAGGUUUGACUCUUGACAUUCUUGCCUAG